AUGAACUUAAAGAUCAUACCGUUUAUUCUGACUUGGAACUUUCUACUUGUAUCGGCGAAACGAGACUCGUUUGAAACUGAUGAUGCAGUAAGAGCGAAAGAACUGAGAAACAAAGAAAACAAUCGUAAUAGAACAACCUUCAAUGGAACCUUAACAGAUUUACCAGAAAGGCGAUACUUAAGACACAGAAAUAGUUCCAGGUAUCGUGGCGACAGACGUAGAUUUUGGGAGCGUGAACAUGAGAUCAGGCGUGAUAGAAGAAAAGGAUCAGAUGGACAUUCUUCUGAAGAACACAAUUUUAACAGAACCGACCCUUUCAGCUUAAGAAGCAAUGAAAAAUUUCGCAGGACAGAUAAAAAUUGGAACAGAAGUAAUUUGGAAAAAAAUUCUUCAGAGAGGAGAAAGAUAGUCAAUCAAAGUAAAGCACCAGUGAGAUCUCAUACUGUACCGCUAAGAGAAAAUACAACAAGGAUGAAGGUAAAAAUGGCAAAUAAAUGGCAAAACAAUGGCUAUAUUCCGUAUCCCCAGCCGAGGGAGAAAAAACCAAAUAUAAUUUUGAUAUUGACCGAUGAUCAGGAUGUUGAAUUGGGAAGUUUGAACUUCAUGCCGCGAACCAUGAAGGCUAUAAGAAGUGCUGGCGCAGAAUUUCGACAUGCUUACACGACAACACCUAUGUGCUGUCCAUCAAGGAGUUCCUUGUUAACGGGUGUCUACAUACAUAAUCACAACGUGUAUACAAAUAAUGACAACUGCUCUUCGCCAAUGUGGCAGGCUACCCACGAGACCAACACUUUUGCCACAUACUUGUCCAAUGCUGGUUACCGAACUGGCUACUUCGGCAAGUAUUUGAACAAAUACAACGGAUCGUACAUUCCGCCCGGUUGGCGCGAGUGGGGCGGCCUCAUCAUGAACUCCAAAUACUACAAUUACAGUGUCAACAUGAACGGCAAAAAGAUUAAGCACGGAGACGACUAUCACAGGGACUACUAUCCAGAUCUCAUAGCCAACGAUUCGAUCGCAUUCCUCCGUGCCUCCAAACGUCGCUUCGCCCGGAAGCCAGUUCUUUUGGUGAUGUCCUUUCCCGCACCGCACGGACCUGAGGACUCUGCGCCGCAGUAUUCUCACCUAUUCUUCAAUGUGACAACACAUCAUACCCCAACAUACGACAUGGCGCCCAAUCCUGAUAAGCAAUGGAUCCUACGCGUCACGGAGAAAAUGAAACCUAUUCACCGGCAGUUCACGGACCUUCUUAUGACCAAACGAUUGCAGACGUUACAAAGCGUAGAUAUGGCAGUGGAAAGAGUCUAUCAAGAGCUGAAGGCGCUCGGUGAAUUGGACAACACAUACUUGGUGUAUACGUCAGACCACGGCUAUCAUCUGGGUCAAUUCGGUCUAGUCAAAGGAAAGAGCUUUCCGUUCGAGUUUGACAUCAGAGUUCCCUUCCUUGUUCGUGGGCCCGGUGUAGAACCUGGCACUGUUGUGGACGACAUAAUCCUGAAUAUCGACUUGGCUCCAACUUUCUUGGACAUGGGCGGAGUGGAUCCGCCGCCACACAUGGACGGCCGCUCGUUGUUGCCCUUGCUGCAACCACGACGUAGGCGACAGGCGGCUGCACACUGGCCCGAUACAUUUCUUGUCGAAAGCUCCGGACGGCGUGAAACACACAUGUCGGAGGAAAGGUUGCGCGCUCAAAUGUACAGCCGAGAAAUGAACGCAAAAACAACAACAUCGCGGCCGCAAGACGUUUCCUCCGAAAGUGAAGAUUUUGAUGACGAUUCCGAUGAUGACGACUUUUUGGAACUCGAUGACGAUGAAAAUAAUGAAAGCACGGAUUCUAAUGAAGGUUCCAAAACAUUGACGGAGCCUUUGCUAACUAAUGAAAGUAACAAUCCGAUAUUGGAGGCAAAUCUUGAAAAAGCACUCGAUGCAGAAGAAGGCAGUGCUAAUCAGCUCGACUUUCUUUCACCUACAAGAUCAGAGCUCUUCGACCAAACAGCUGAAGCGAGCAUUGCCAGUGGCAAAGCAGCUCGUCUUGCAGCAGAAUGUUCAAAAGCGGAGUUACGUGCUCCGUGUUCCAUUGGUCGAAAGUGGAAAUGUGUCCUUGUUAACGGUCGCUGGCGAAGACAUAAAUGUAAAUACGAGUCAGAAAUAAGCACACCUCAACCAAAAAUGAGCACAAAGAAAUGCGCAUGUUUUACUCCAAGUGGACUUGUUUACACACGUCUGGAAACUGACGGCACAAUACUUAGGCGACCAAAUGACAGUCAAAAAGAAAACACAACACGUAAGCGCAGAUCAAUAGACAAUGAUGUUUUUGAACCUAAUACAGUAGAUAAGAUUUUAGACGAAAACCCGAGUAUAGGACAUUUGAGAUUUACAAAUGAGCCAUUCAAUGAAGUAGACAAUAAGAAUACAAAGGCUAAAAUAGAUGAACUUAUUAAGGAAACUGAGGCAUAUCUUAAAGCUUACGAGCGUACCAAAGAAAAUGUAGAUCAUAAGAGAAUAAAACGUAGGGCUCAACAUUUUAAUCAUAAUAAACACAAACAAAAAAAUGAUGUUAUGGAAAGUAUUAAUGAGUCAUCAUUGGAAUGUAAAAUAGAAAAGGACGGAACCGUCAAUUGCUCUCAAUUAAUUUAUAAUGAUUUGAAAGCUUGGCAUACGAAUAGACUCAGCUUGGAAGACCAAAUUAGACAGCUACGAACCAAACUUGAAGACUUAAAAGAAAUAAAGAGACAUUUAAAAACCAGUAAACCAGUGAUCGAUGUGCAGACCGUAACGCCGCCUUAUGCUAACCAUAAUCAGCAUUUACGCAAUAAAAGCACAACGCACGAUGUGAGAAAAGCGAAACUGCACAGAAUGAAAUUUAAGCAAAGAAAUAACACGUUACUUGAAAAGAAAUUUAGACAAUCUAAUGACUAUGUUGUGCCGACAGUAAAUGUUAAUACUAGAGAAGAUAUUUUUGAUCAUCAAAUAAAGAAUGAUACUACGACAGAAGCAAGUACCCUUAAAUAUGACUUGAAUAUUUCCGGCGAUAAAGUAGAAAGAAAUAAAACAGACAAUACUGAAUUACCCAAACCCCAAGUCACGACGGUUAUAAUAGAAAGAAAUUAUUUCGGUCAAAACGUUGCAGAUGAUAAAACAACAAAAUAUAGUGCACUGACUACAAUAAAUGAUGUCGUAACGACAGAGUAUUUAAAGCCAUUUGUUACUUCUAAUACCAAACAAAAAAAUGACGAUUAUGUCUUUGAUGCAGAUUCGACUAUGUAUGUCUCACAAGCUACAAAUCUUUACGAACAUACAGAUAGAACAUCUUCUAUUUCUAAAGUUACAAAUCUACUUAACUCCGAUAAAGUGUUAAAUGUUGAAUAUACUUCAACUACAAAUAAACCUAUAACUCUUCAAUAUGAAACAACUGCAAGCCCGAGCUUAGGACCGACCAGAUUUGAUGCUUCAGAAUACGAACAAAGAAAUACAAAUAAAGCGGGAACUGAUAACUUGGGGGUGUUUAGCAAACCAACCGAUAUAUUCCAGAGAAGGCUACACCCCUUAUUUAUUGAAAAUGAAGAUAAACAUGUUUGUUAUUGCGAAGAAAGUCGUAAGCCGAGAGGUCCAGGACUAGCUUAUAUAGAAGCUGCUCAAAAAGCAAGAGAAGAACGAAGAAAGUUAAAAGAACAAAGACUGCGUAAAAAACUAAGGAAAGCUAAAAAGAAGGCCGAAUUAGAGAGGCUUUGCGAAUCGGAACGAAUGAACUGCUUCAGACAUGAUAAUGACCAUUGGAGAACUGCACCCCUUUGGACCGCUGGACCAUUCUGCUUCUGUAUGAGUUCAUCUAACAAUACCUACAAUUGUGUAAGAACAAUUAACGCCACUCACAAUAUUCUAUACUGCGAAUUUGUUACUGGACUUGUGACCUAUUACAACUUGCGUAUUGAUCCAUUUGAGACUCAAAAUAGAGUUAAAUAUUUAACUCAAUCAGAAAAGGAUUACUUUCACAAUCAGCUCCAACAACUUUUAAAUUGUCGUGGACCUUCUUGCAGGCGAUUUUCUCAUUCGAACCCAAUUGGGAACAGUGAUGAAAUAAAUAGGCGCUUUGAUGAUGAACAUCUUUACAGGGGAGAAGCUAUUGGAUAUAAUGAAAGAGCAUGGCGAUGGAGUGGAUAUGGUCGUCGAUAUGCAAGAGCAAGGGAGUUGCAUCGCCGUCGCCAUAUGAUGGUGUUCUAG